CAAGCAUAACUCACACUCUCCUCUCUUAACCUCUAGUAGCUUACUAGUAUUUGCAAUAUACAAUACUAGCUAUUACUACAAGAGAGUAACUAAGAUGGCUUCCAAAACUUGUUCCUCCCUUGCUAUUUUCCUCACAAUCAACAUUCUCUUCUUUACACUUGUAUCUUCUUGUGGAACUUGUGGCUCAGGUCCAAACCCAAACCCUAAGCCAAAGCAUAAGCCAAGCCCAAACCAUUCUGGAGGCUCGAGCCAUUCAGGUGGAUCUAGCCCCUAUGGUGGCUCGACCCCUUCUGGAGGCUCAAGCCCCUCAGGUGGCUCUAGCCCUUCAGGGGGAAGUGGCACCGCCUCGUGCCCACGUGAUGCACUCAAACUAGGUGUAUGUGCCAAUGUACUAAAUGGAUUGUUGAAUGUUACUCUGGGUCAGCCACCAGUGACACCAUGCUGCACCCUCCUAAAUGGCCUUGUUGAUCUUGAAGCUGCUGUGUGUCUUUGCACUGCCCUUAAAGCUAACAUUUUGGGGAUCAAUCUCAACCUUCCUAUCUCACUUAGCUUGCUUCUCAAUGUUUGCUCAAAGCAAGCACCACGUGAUUUCCAAUGCUACUAAUUAAUUCAUCAUCAUGCACGGUGAUCAUAUCAACGUAUCUACUAUAGUUUGCUUCUUAUUGUUUUAAUUUUCGUUGCUUUUCUCAAUUAUCCAUUUGAUCAAGAUUUCUUCAUUGUAUACUUGCAUGGAUAAUUAACCUCUCGUUAUUAUUCCUUGGAUUCAGUACUAUUUGUUUUAUUUGGUCAGAUUGUAAUGAUAAAUGUAUUAAUAUUCCCGAUGCAAUUUGCUAGGGAAAUUAAAGAAGAUGAAUAACUAGUGUUAUUUUUUAUUCAUUGAGAAA